AUGACAUUGCGCUCGCUUCGGCCUAGCACCGGUCGAUCCGACCGACCUGCUCAACAGCACCGACGCGCCUGCCGAGAAAUUCCCAGUCCGCACGCGCUGUUCGGGAAUGCUCUGUCAUCUUUCGAUGCAGCUCAACCGAGAUCUCGCCGUGGUCCGCCAGCCGCCACUCAGUGCAGCUACGCCACCCCGCCUUUGCAUUUUGAGCGACCAGCGUUUGUUCGCAUGCAUCUGCCUCGCCUGCACCUACAGCCCGAGCUCUUCGCCUGCACCCGCUUGCUCGUGAUCUCGUCGGCUCGCGGCGACGGCGAAAGCACCGCAGUGUGGGUUGCCCUCCAACGCUGCCUCUUGCUCGCGUCAUUGAAGCAGAAUUCGAGGGGCUACCUAGCAGCCAAAGCAGCCGACCGGCUGGCCCGAGUUUCAGGCAACAAGCUAGAUGGUCGCGACGAGCAGAGGCCGCGGCCAAACAGGUUCCAGCUGAUGUUGGAGAAAAGCCUUCUUUCAAACCCAGGCCUCGAAUUCACUGCACGCGGUCUUCUCGCCCCGCAUCAGGCGCUGCCGAUGGGUCCCGUCGGCCUUGUCUCACCCGCCAAGAAUGUAAGCGCUGCUGCUUUCCUGCACGGCAACAAGGAUGGACGUCGCAAAGUGCUUCAUCAGCCACGGGACGCAGCCGAGCUCGGCUGCGGCUCAUCUCGCAGCGCGAUCCACAAAAACGAGGCCUCGCUUUCGCCAUGCUAA